CACACAGAGACACACACAGCGACACACACACAGAGACACACACAGAGACACACACAGCGACACACACACAGAGACGCUGCUCAGAUCAUUCAUCACUCGUUCAUCAGAGAGGAUGUGUGUGUGCACGACUCGUCCUCUGCUGCUUUCAGCUGUGCUGCUGAUGUCAUGGUGGUGCGUUCAGGGCCUGCGUGUAGACGUGAUUCCCAGGAGGCCUCUGUUGAAGCUCGGGGAGCAAGGGCAGGUGAUGUGUCAGGUUCAGGACUGUCCCGGGAUGCCAAGCGUGUCGUGGUCUCUGCUGGGGGACCGGCCCCUCACCGCCUCCGUCAGCACCAACAGGACGCACUCUGUGGUGACCUUUGACCCCGUGAUGAUGGAGCACGAGGGGGCGCUGCUCUGUAAAGUGGGCUGUGGAGGAGAAAACAGGCAGAGUAAAACAUCAGUGAGAGUUUACUCCUUCCCAUCAGCCCCUGUGAUCAGAGGUCAGGACCGCCUGAAGCUGGGGGCGGAGUCUAUCCUCACCUGUCAGGUGUCUGAAGUUUACCCCCCUGAGCUGCUGACCCUCACCUGGCUCAGAGGAGACACCGUCAUGCAAAGCAUUGUGGGAGAUCCGGGAUCCAACGUGGUCCAGUCAGAGUACAGGUUCAUCCCUCAGGACCAGGACUCAGGUGGGACCCUCACCUGUCAUGCCACGCUGGACCUGCAGGACCUGCCCCCACCCAACCAGACCAGAGACUCCACUGCCAGGCUGAACCUUCUCUAUGCUCCUGUCGUCAUGGUAACCAAGGACUCUGUGUCGGCAAUGGCCGGCUCUCGCCUCAUUCUCAACUGUACAGCGGGGGGAAACCCUGAGCCCUCUCUCACCUGGACCUUCAGCAUGCCACAUGGGGGGACAGAGGUCAAGGGUCAAGGCCAACAGCUGGUCCUGGACCCGGUGAGUCUGUCUGAGUCCGGAUGGUACAACUGUGAGGCCCGAAACACAGAGGGAAACCAGACGGCUGCUGUGGAGGUCAAAGUUCACGCCCCACCCACCAACACCUCCCUCUCAGUGAGUCCAGGUGAGGAGGUCGUGGAAGGUCAACAGGUGACGUUUACCUGUCGCUCAGAGGGAGCUCCGCCCCCCACGCUGGUGUUGAGGAGAGAAGGGGUGGAGCUUAAGAGGAGUGACUCCGCCUCCUCCUCGCUGUCCUUCAGCCUCUCCUCCGCUCAGCUCGGAGACUCCGCCCAUUACCAGUGUGAAUCCACCAACCAGUACGGAUCUGAGCUGGUCAGCGGCUCGCUCACAGUCAGAGCUCACCCUCUGCAGGUGGAGCUGGGGGGUCCGCUCCCUGCAGCAGAGCGGGGUUCAGGUCUGGUCAUCUCCUGCAGAGCCUCUGGGUGUCUCGACCCCCCCACCCUCACCUGGAGGAGGACAGGUGAGGAGGGCGCAGUCCUCCAGAGGACGCAGCAGCAGGACUCGCUGUCCCUGCUCCACCUGCAGGACCUGGACCUUCAGGACCGAGGAGGAUACACCUGUGAGGCCCUGUGUGACUCUGUGAUCAGGACCGCAGACACCUGGGUCCAGGUCUACUGUGAGUCUGACACACCUUCAUAUUUACAGGCUCUGAGUUUCUCAGGGUCUUUGACUGACAUCAGGGAUUUGACCUUUGAACUCUGAACGGAUAAAUACUGGACAAAAAACUG